CACUUCUAAAAGAUAACAAGAAAGGUUUGAAAGAUCAAAACCCUACGGCACACACUCUGUUAAGUCUUUGCAGAGGCACUACAAUUCCAUUUCCAAAGAGAGAGAAGAAGAAGAAGAAGAAAUUCAAUGGCAGCAACGACAGAGGUUGAGAAGAAGAAUCUAGAAGAGGAGGCCGAACAAGUCGUUAAUCCAUGGGAGGUUUCUUCAAAAGGAAAAAUCGACUACGACAAACUCAUCGACCGUUUUGGUUGCCAGAAGCUCGACGACGCUCUCAUUUCGCGUCUCGAACGCCUCACCUCGCGUACGCCUCACGUUUUUCUACGACGCCACGUUUUCUUCGCCCACCGCGAUUUCGCGGAGAUUCUCGACGCGUACGAGAGAGGCGAUAAGUUUUACUUGUACACCGGGCGCGGACCUUCCUCUGAAUCUUUGCACUUGGGACAUUUGAUUCCCUUCAUGUUCACUAAGUAUUUGCAAGAUGUGUUUAAGGUUCCUCUGGUUAUACAGCUCACUGAUGAUGAAAAGUUCUUCUGGAAAAAUCUUACUGUAGAGGAGUGUCGAAGACUUGCAAGGGAGAAUGCAAAGGACAUCAUUGCUUGUGGUUUUGACAUUUCAAAGACGUUCAUCUUCUCUGAUUUUAAUUAUGUUGGCGGUUCCUUCUACAAGAACAUGUGUGAGGUUGCAUCACGUGUGACUUAUAACCAGGCUGUUGGCAUCUUUGGUUUUGCUGGGGAAGAUCAUAUUGGAAAAGUUAGUUUUCCUCCUGUGCAGGUAUGGUCCAUUUCUUCUCUUUACAGAAUGAUCCUAACUUUAGAUUUUGGUUACUGUAGUUGGGCUAUUAGUUGGCUUCCUGAGUCAUUUCUCUAG